AUGAAAACUAAAUAAAGGAGAUCCAUAAGUAGUGAAUCUAAAAAGCCUUCUAAUGACUACACUUUUAGGACUAUAUAGUUGGCUACUCCACAAAUUGAAUAUAUCACUUCAAGAUCUACUACAGCUUCAGUUGAAAAAAAAUUACAUAAAUUGGGAAAACUUAGGAAUGAAUAAAACUUACAGCUUAAUAAUACUAUUAAUUAUGAUGAUCAAUCUAUAAGAAAUUCAUUGCUUUAUUAAAAUGAAGAUUGGGGUAAAUUUGAAUUUCCAAGUUGGUUAAAGAGUAGAACCGACUUUAUGAAACUUAGAAAAUCUAAACAUUUUGAUUAUCAUUUAUAAGUCUUUUCAAUUUGUGAAUAAGAGUAUUAAUUUCAUUAAAAUUUUAGCCCUUUUAGAAGAUCGGAAGAACUAAUAGAAAUUGUUGCUCAUUACUUGGUCAAAUUAGAUUUCUUUAGACUUAUGCCAUAUAAAAUGAUUAAAUAAAUCUCUAGUAGAUUAUAAGCUAAAAGUUAUGAAGAAGAUGAAAUUAUAUGUAAAAAAGGAGAAAAAGGAGAUUCUAUGUAUAUUAUUUUUGAUGGAAAAGUAGAGGUUAUAGGAUAGAAAAAAUAAGUAUUAGGUCCUAAAAGUUUGAUUGAUAGAAAUUCUUUAGAAUUUGAUUACUUUAGAAAUAAUACUUUACAGGCAAUAACAGUGACACACUUAUUAAUUUUGAAUAGAAUUGAAUAUAUUACAAUUCUAAAUCAUAAUAUGAAAGCAGAGCAUUUAAACCAUGAGAGAUUUAUUAAAUCCCAUUAAUUAUUCUCUCAUUUUCCUGAUGAAAGACUCAAUAAAUUUUGUAGUCUUUUAUAAGGAAAGUAUUUGACUACUAAUGAAACUCUAUAUAGUAUAGGAGAUUUGAUUGAUUAUCUUUACAUAGUCAAAUAAGGUACUUUGGCUAGAUAAAUAGUGAUGGAUUUAGAAGAUUAGAAUAGAUGGCCCAUUGUAAGAAUUCUAUAUAUUCCUUUGUUAGAAUUAAAAAAAAUGGUUAAGUUAAAUUAUUACUAGAACAAUCUCUUUUAAUAUUGAAUUUGAAAUAGGAUAAUUGGUUGGAUAUUCAGAUAUAAUAGAUAGUGAUUUUGAUUCAGAAAAAAAGAGAAAAGAAACUAUUUAUGCAAAAACUGAUUGUUUUUUGUUAUAUGUUUCUAAAUCUCAAUUUUUUUAAGGUAUGGUAUUGAUAAUAAAUAAUAGUCUUUACUCAAGCUGAUAUAUAAUAUUUUUAGAAUUACUAAAAUCAAAAUCCACCUUUGACUUAAGAAUAAUUAGUAAAAGAUACUCGUUAAAAGUAAAAUGAAUAAAAGUAAAAACUUUAAAUGGUAAAUUAAGCUAUUUACUCUCAUCUUAGAUAAUUUUCUUUUGAUUAUGAAACACUUAAAAAAAAAGAAUAAAAGUAUGAAUAGGUAACAAAAAAUUAAAAAAAAGCUUCAAGAGAGUUUACAAAUCGUUACAAAAUAAUACGAAGAGAAAAAAAACUAAAACUCAUAUCAUUAGAGAAUUAUUGA